ACCUUUCUUUGGAUGUGAAAACUAACAUGUUUAAUGUACACUAGUAUAGCCUAAAGUCGGCUAACAUUAUCGUUAGCUUGAUGUAAGGAGUUGUGCUUCACUGGUUGCCUAGACACGGGGCACUCCAAUCUUAAUCCCGGGUAGCUGUCUGAAGUCAGUCGCAAACGUUAAAUGCUCCAGGGUGAUGCUUUCAUUUACUUUGCACGUUAAUUUAUUAGCUUUAUGAUAAUUACCACAGCAAUUCAAAUGCAACUUUCAUUUAAAGGUGGACCCAGGGUGGACCUGAAGCGGUAAAACAGUGCCGGAACUUUCAUAGAUCAUUAUUCACAACCCAAAAAUCUGUGGCCAGAUAAAUUAGCUCGUUCAUUAGCGCGUUAAAAGUACGCCGAUUUCUCGGAGAAAAGAACGCCUAGCUAACUAGCAAACGAAUCGAGUUUCUCCUUCAAUCAGAUGUCGUUCUGCCUGGCUGAGCUGCACUUGUGGUCCUCAAAGAGUUCCUUGCAUGUCAGAGAUACAGAUAUUGGCACGCACCAGUACUAUGACAAAGGAGAACCGGUGAACCUGGCUGAUCACCACUACUUCAAUGAGAAGCAGCAUUUCGCAGAGACUCGCGGUCUCUGCUGGACUCCCAAGAACUCCCGUCCUGAGAAGCUGCGCGACUCCCUGAAGGAGCUGGAGGAGCUGCUGCAGGUCAGCGUGUGUGUUGGCUGCAGAUGGAGGAACACACGCUCCUGUCAGAUGCUGCUGAGCUCAGGGGUGCUGGUGACCCUGGGCCAGAGCGGAGCACAGCUGGAGCGGGUGUGUGUGGACCGGGCCCUGGUGGGACGGCUGGCCGCAGACACCAUCAGCGACGCGGUGAUCACAGACCGGUUCCUGCUCCUCUCCUUUGUGGAGAAGAACAAGGUGAGCCUGGUCCACCUAACCAAGAGGAGUCAGAGUUCCCCGGAUCUGAACAGACGAGUGGACAAGCUCUCCUUCUCAGACCUCAAGAUCUCCAGCGUGGACCUGCCCGGUCCGGCCGGGCGCCGGCUGGGUCUGCGGGUGGGGCUGAACCGCUCGCAGGAUGUGGCGGUUUGCUGGUGGCCAGCGGUUAAUGAGGAGGCCUGGCCUUGGUCUCCCGUCCCCAGCGAGGGAGACCGGGCCAACCUGGUGCUGCUGGGCUGCGGCGGCGCUGGCGGCCUGAAGGUCCUGAGCCAAAUUCGGACGGAGGGGGACCCCCUGGACUGCCGCUUCAGCCUCAGCCAGCCCUACCAGAUCCUGACGGUGGAGCUGGGGGCGGGGGAGAGCACGGCGGACAGCUGCGUGUACGAGUGCGCCAGGGGGCGGCCCCAGCGCCUGUCCGUCACCAGCGUGCCCCUGUCCUCCCGGCCGGCGUCCUGCUGCCGCGACCCGUCCGAGAGCAAGCUGCUGCUGGGCCUGCGGGACUCGUCCCUGGUGCUGUACGACGCCCGCCGCGGGGUCACCCUGCUCGCCCAGGCGCCCAUGCUGCCCUCCUUCGCGGCCUGGCACCCGGGCGGCGCCCUGCUGGCGGUGGGCGACGGGCAGGGGGAGCUCCAGUGCUUCGACGCCGGCCUCUCGCCCGUCCGCGUGCAGCUGCUGGCGGAGGAGGCGGCCCCCGGCCCCACCCUGCAGCUGUCCCGCCACCUGCGGGCCCCGGGGGGCCUGGCGGGGCUGCACUGGGCCGCGCCCCCGCACGGCGGCGAGGGGGCCGAGGUGCACGACCUGCUGAUCCUCACCUACCACGGCGGCCCCAUCGGAGCCCUCCGCUUCAGGCUGGGGGCCCUGACCGGGGGCCAGGUGGGUGCGGCGGAGCUGGUCCAGGAGAGGCUGCGGUGCGGCCAGGCGGAGGAGGCCGUGGGCCUGCUGGGGGCCAUGGACUGGAGCACCAUGGGAGCCGAGUGCUACCGAGCGCUGGCCGCCAUCGCCGACCACCUGCUCCGGCAAGAGCUGGACGAGGACAGGGAAGCCCAGCUGGAGGCUGCUCUGGGGAUGUUCUACGCCCCGUCCCGGCCCCUGUCCGACACGGUGGUGCUGGAGUACCGAGACGCCAUCAGCAAGUACGCCCGGCGUUUCUUUCACCACCUGCUGAGGUACCAGCGCUUUGAGAAGGCUUUCCUGCUGGCGGUGGACAUCGGGGCGAGGGACCUGUUCAUGCAGGGGAGCAGGAGUGGGGUACUGCACGUGACUCCACCGUGCCGGACAGACAGACGACCAGACGGAGGGACAGUCAGCUGGGACGGAAGACUCAGGUUCUCCCCGGGGAAGGGCGCGGCCGCGACCUGUCCCACACUCAAUCUCAGGACAGCCUGUCGUCACGAGCUGCUAGCCGAGGACAGCAGACCAGAGGGCUGGAUGAGGUCUUCUCCGGAGCUAUGGCCGGGGAUGAAACCUGGGACUGGGCACAGGCAGAAUUUAACAUCGAUGCCAGCGAGGAUCAGGUGACUGACGAUCCCCGAACACUCAAAGUUGUCCAUUUUGGUUUGGUUUGAACAACCACUUGCCUUUUCGUUUUCAGAAUGUUGGCUAACGUUUUAAAAAUAACAUUGAACACUUUUAGUUUUAUGUUAUGAUGGUUUGCCGCAAAACAUAUUAUUUGAAUAUAAAUAUUGUAAAAAUAAAUGCUCGAGCGUUCGAUGAGAAGUGAAACGGUAAUAGUUUAGCUUAUAUCUGUUUGGGGCAAUAUAAUGCCAAGUGCGCAUGCCAAACUGUCUUACCCGUGGGCAUUUGUCAGACUAUAUAAAAGCUACGGAAUUAAUAAACCUAUCCUGUUUUAAUGAAUAGGCUACAACUAAAUCGUACAUUAUUUAACAAGACAAUUAUAUUACCCGACUGUAGCGUUUUUAUGAUUCUAGGCAAUGUUUUCUACUUUUAUCGAAAUUUCUGUUUGCAAAAAUCAUGCAUAAUAAAGAUAUUUUUCAAUGCAA